GUCAGUAUCGGCUUCGCGGCUAGUCGGUGCACACGUCUCCGUGACGGUCUGAGCCGUGCUCCCGCCAAAAUUACGUUAAACUUUCGAAUAUCGCAUAGCUGAAUUAAAAUUUUAGUAAAAAAAAAUUGUUUAAAAGUUGCCCCAUUUUUUUUGGACUUGAGUGUUUUUUGGUGAUUUUUUUUGUGUUUUUUUUUUGGAAAUUUUGGAAAAAAAUGUGGAGGUGAAUGGAUGUUGUGUAACACUGGACAGGUUAAAAAUGGAGUUGAAAUCGCCAAAAGCGAAGAAAAAGUCGAGCAUAGCAAAACUAAUAUCGUGGGGCAGAAUGUUUAAAACUCCUUUGCUCAUCCUCUUUCUGUUGGGCACCACAAACUGUGAGCGGGAAAGUGAAGUGACAGAACUAGAUUCCAAUUUCAAAAGUGAAGUGACAGAUCUUGAUUCCAAUUUCAAAAUUCAAACGUUUGAAGGCAGCCAUCUUAGGCAUAGACAUAAGAAUGAGACAGAUAGAAAUAAAAUGAGUGAAAUUAAAUAUUUGAGGCGACAUUUAAAUAGAGAUAUAGUGAAUUUUGUGAUGACUGACUAUCUUAUCGAUGGUGAAGUGGAGAACAGAGUGCAUUUUAAUGGUGUGACGGCGAAGGAGACUUAUGUUGGAGCCGAUGGACUCGGUCUAAAACUCCGCCAGUUGACAGAUGGCAGACAUCUUGUCCAAGUGAUAUACACACAAAAUGGCGACAUACAAGAUUGCGAAUACAUAACGCAGGGAAAAUCAGCAAGAAACUUCCUAAAAACAUUAAGAAAAGAAUUAAAAUUAGCUUUAGACGAAGAAAUAUUUAGAAUAGUUAAUAAACAACCAAAUAAUGUUGAGGAAGAAAAGUUUUACCGCCAUUUUGGUAAUGUGACGUUUAGAAUAUUAAAAGAUGGCGACCGAUUGCCGCCUGACAUAUCGAAUUGGUUGGAUUAUGACAAACUGAAGAUGGAGUGCUUAAAAAGGCAUGAAGAAUUAAAAUAUAUGAUGGAGAACAAAAAUAAAGUGGGAGAAAUCUCGCUAACUAGGUCACGGCGAUCGUUCAGGGAGAAUUUUAUCGUGCCUGGAACAAAAUGGUGCGGCGCUGGUCAUAUAGCUGCGAAAUACGGCGAACUUGGGCUGGACGCAGCUGAAGACCGGUGCUGUAGGGCCCAUGACCACUGCAAAUUCAACAUCGGCAUGUUUAAAAGAAGAUUCGGGUACUUCAACUAUAGGCCUUACACGAUAUCCCAUUGCCGAUGUGAUAGGAGACCGAAACGCGACACGAUGGAGUUGCUCCGCGUGCCCGGAACGAAAUGGUGCGGCAAAGGUUUCUCCGCGACGAGAUACGCACAGCUCGGCGGUCACACGAGAACUGACCGUUGCUGUCGCGUGCAUGACCUUAGGUGCCCUUUCUGGAUCGGCGCGUUGGAGAAAAAAUAUGGCUUCUACAAUUGGAGAGUUAAUACUCUGAUGCAUUGCAGAUGUGAUGAAAGGUUUCGAGCCUGCCUCAAAUUGGCUGACACCUCGGUCUCCAACAUGGUCGGGAAGCUAUUCUUCAACGUGGUUCAGACCAAAUGCUUCAUCCUCAAACCAGUUAAGAUGUGCACACAACGCUCCUGGUGGGGCAAAUGCCUAAGAAGAGGCUACACCAAACAGGCCUAUUUACGAGACAACCUACCGUACUAGGCUGAAAAAGGUUACCUUUGUCUAGAAAAUGACAGAUGUCAUUAAUGUCAAUGUCAAUCCAGUGUUGCCGCGUUACAAAACUGCCAGUGUUACCAAUUAAUUUUAGGGUAAUUACCCGAAGUGUGGGGAGAUUAAUGUGGCAAUGCUGGAUUCUUAAUAAUUUAUUUCUGUGAUCGUAUGAGUAACUUAAUGUAUUUUUAAACGUUACUUAAGAUAGGGGGUUGCGUUUCUCAUAGAAAUUAAAUGUGUGUCGAAUACGGGUUUUUGCGUGUUUGUUGAAAAAUCUGUGUAUGAUGAUCUAUAGGCGGGAUUCCACCGAUUUGUUGCAUACCAUGUUUCUUCUGGUCUAGUAGCUCAAGCAAACAGUAACAAAUUGCAUGCGAACACUUCUUAAAUGUCCGCGAAACUGCAACAUUUGCAACGUGAACAAAUGUGCGUGAACAAUUUCGGUGGAAUCUCUCCACAACAUAAACAUGAACUUCAUAUUCCUAUUUUACUGCCAUUGUAAAUAAUUCACUUUAAACGAAUUACAAAAACUAACAUUUCCUUUCUUUAUAAUUUUCUUCUGAUAACUUUGCCACUCUGAAGAAGGUUGCUACUACCUGCUACUGACUUCACUAUAGUCAAAAUAUACAGACGCCAGCAGGUCAACCUACCCAAACCUGUCAAAUGUUAAUAAUCGAACAUUAACCUUCCACUAUUGCGAUAAAGUUGAAAAUCUAUUGAAGAAAUUUGACAGAUUGGGGUAGGCGUCAAAUUGCUUACUUCAGAAGUUCGGAGUAGCAAAGUUAUUUGACCAAUUUAUUCGUUAUCAAAUCAAUUAAUAUUUUAUUUAUGGAUUUACUGCAUUUUAUCAACUGCCAUUGUUUCAGUUCCUUCUUUUUGAAAUUUUCUGUACAUAUGUAUAUUUAUUUGAUAUCUAAAGUUUAAAUCCUGUCUAUUUUCCACAUUUCAUAUUUACGAAAUGGCGGACUAGUCAACUGUCGCCAAUGUCAACAUAAUUUCUGAAAAAAUAUCGCCCACCUAGAUCUAAAGUUUAACUCAAAAUUUUAGUAUUUUGAGUUAUGGAUUAAUCCGUCAAAUUC